GUAAACAAAAGCAACAUAAUCUCCAUAGAAAUUGCAUAAACCAGUGCGCGUCCCAAUCCAUCGGGAGGAAUCAUGACGAGCGCUGCCACCGCAUUCACGUUGGCCAUUUUCAAGCCCCAUCUGCUGAAGAAUCCGGUCGCGUACGGUGCGGUGGAGCGGCUGAUUAAAUCCAGUGGCAUGCGGAUCGUGACCCGGAAGCAGGUUCACCUGACACAACCGGAAGCUGAGCAGUUCUACCGGGACCAUCAGGGGAAGUUUUUCUACCGCAGGCUGAUCUCGCUGAUGACGAGUGGCCCGCUGGAGGUGUUGGUGCUGUCGGGGGAGAAUGUGAUAAACAGAUGGCGAGAGCUGAUGGGACCGACAAAAGUGUUCAAGGCGGUGUACUCCAAUCCUGAAUGCAUCCGAAGUUUGUACGGACUGACGGAUACGAGGAAUGCUAGUCAUGGAUCUGAUUCGGUAGCAUCCUUCCAGACCGAGGCGGCACUGUUCUUCCCAAAUCAGGAGUUUGCUUCGAACGAAGCCUCCGCCGAUAAUUGCGAAUCAAACGGCCAUCAGCAGCAAGAUCGACAAAAUAGCAGUUAGAAAGGACUUGACAUGGAUUCUUCAUACAAAGUCCCGAGGGUCGUCGGGCGAAACCAAAGACGGUUGCAUUUUCCGAGGUAUGUUUCGGUGAAUUCAGCAUAUAUUGUAGGUUGGUGACAAAUAAUAAAAUAAAUAAACUUUCCUCCGUUGUAAUAGUAAA